AGAAGACAGUAUGAGGGAAAAAACGAAGUUUUAGACCACAAAUAGUUACUUUAAAGGUGAACCACUGUGGGACUCAGGCUCCGGUGUGGCUCUCUGUGGGUGAGGGGGACUUCCUGCCGGGGCCCCUGGGGGUCCAGCAGCUGACGGCCUGCGCCGCCUGGCGGAUCGCCCCCAGCGGCAGCAGAGACUGCUGCAUGUUCCGCAUCCCGGUCACCGUACGCAACUGUGGGGGUUUCUACGUGUACCUGCUGCGACCCACGCAGGCCUGCAUGGGUUACUGUGCCGAGGAGGAACCUCCCCCCCGUCCGUCCGUCCCCGUCAUCUCCUCCGAGGCGUCGGGUCACACCGUCCUCCUGAGGUGCAGCUUUGAGGUCCACUCCAACAGAUCUAUGGGCUUUGUGGUCACCUGGUCCCGCCUCUCACCUGAGGGGAGGAAGGAGGAGCUAAAGCAGGAGACCACCGUCCACACCUCUGCCGUCAUUGAGCUGGACGGCUUCAACCUGCGGUUAGGAGACAAGAUUUUCUGCUCCAGCUCCAGUUUCUUCCUGGAAUCAGCUGAUAUUCGUGGAUCCGCCGUGGAGAGUGCGGAGUUCUUUGCUGGGAUCAGGUUGAAGCCGGCAGUGACGGUCCUGUCUGAGGACGCCGGGCUGCACCAGCUGCUGGUGGAGACCAGCGUUCCCGUCCCGUGUCCGGAGGGCUCCUUCUCCUCCACACAGAGCUGCACUCUGCCUCUGGAGAUCAGCACCAACAGUCAGGAUGAGGAGGUGUUGGGCCCGGACCUGUCCCUGUCAUCCUGUGUGCUGGUUCUGUCCCAGACUCCAUGUACGGAUGGGCUGUGCGGCAGCGGGCUGACCCACUUCAGCGCCAUCACAGACUUUGUCAAAGACGACAACAGAACAACCCAAAUCUCCAUUAAACCCAUAAUUUCCCAGAACUUCCUGUGGAACGGAUACUCACCAGAACCUGUGCAGGUUCUGGUUCGGGACGUUCCUUCAGCUUAUUGCUACGCCUUCACUGAUCCACACAUGAUCACAUUUGAUGGCAGGUACUACGAGAACUACCAGAUAGGAACCUUUGUUCUCUACAAGAGCAGCUUCUGGCCGUUGGAGGUCCACGUCCGCCAGUGGGAGUGCGGCAGCUUGGUGCAUGCGGCGUCCUGCAUCUGCGGCGUGGUGGCGAGGGACGGCGGUGAUGCGGUGGCCUUGGACAUGUGCAACGGAGUGAUGGGUGAGACCCAACCUCAGCUGAGGGUGAAGAGCAGAGACCCGAGCAGAAACAGCAUCCGGAUCUCGGAGUCCUACCAAGGACGCAAAGUCACGAUGACGUUCCCGUCCGGAGCGUUUGUCCGUGCAGACGUCUCAGGCUGGGGCAUGAGUCUGACCCUGAGGGCCCCCGGCUCAGACCGGACUCACACUGAGGGGCUGUGUGGGACCUUCGACGGAGACCCAGACAAUGAUUUCCACUCAGCAGGGGGCGCCACACUGGAGAAUCUGCAGGCUUUCAUCUCAGAGUGGAGACUUCCCCCCGGCAGCAGCCUGUUUGACCUCCUGCCGUCCCCCCGGAGCUCAGCAGAGGUCCACAGACGGUGUAUCUGCCAGCAAACGGCGUCCUUCUGCUCCCGCCACGCCAAUGUCCGUUUCUCUGGGGUGAUUCCCGCUCUGGAUGUCACAGCCAAACACGAGCGACGGAAUGAGACGCAGCAGCUCCGUCCAGGUCGCCUCGCCCAAAGGUCACAGAGCAAAGGCUCUCCGUUCAGAAACUCCAGAAAACGGGUUCCAGCCUCCACGCAACGCCGAGGAGGCAGGACUCGUCGCCGUGUCCCCAACUCCCCACGCCAGCAUCAGCGUCACAGCUCCACCUACUUCUUCCCGGAGGACCACGAGCCAGCAGCACAGCCAGAGACGGCGCCCGCGUGGCCCACUCCCUCGGGCCUGACGCAGCAGCGUGCCGAGGCUCAGUGCCGCCACGCCGUGACCGAGUCCGACCCGGCCAGCAGCUGCAGGCGCCUGCUGGGGGAGCAGACGCUCCGCCGGGCCGUGGCCAUGUGCGUCUCUGACCUGCAGCUGAAAGACGACAAGUCGUGGCUGAGGGCGACGAUUCCGCUGCUGGAGAACGAGUGUGAGCGGAGGCUGGCGGAGGAGGCGGGGCAUCAGGAGGAGCACCAGGAGGCGGCGGAUGCCCUCAGGUGUCCAGACCGGUGCAGCGGGAACGGCCAGUGCUCAGAGACGGGCUGCGUGUGCUUCCCGGGGUUUGGGACGUUUGACUGCAGCGCCCCCUCUGACCAGAUCCCAGAGGUCCUGCAGCUGGAGAACCAGGGUCUCUUCGACGUCCGACAGAGAAACUGCUCCUCCGUCCGGGUCAACGGUCGGGCCUUCCAGGAUUCAAGUCACCUCAAGUGUGAGUUUGUUCAAGAAAAGUUUAGGGAUGGAGAAUGGCUCCAGGGCGCGGCUCGCUUUGUCUCCUCCUCCUUUCUCAAUGAGACAGCUCUGGAGUGCCUGCUCCCCCUGGAGGCCGGCCACGGCGCUGCAGGUGUGGAAGCUGGAAAGGGAUCGCUGGCCCGCUGGCAGAUCAGAGUUUCAAACGACGGACACAGCUACAGCAACACCAAGAUUCUGACGCUGUUUGAUGGAGCCUGUCAAGUGUGCCGCCUCGCCGCAGAAGUCCUGUGUUCUCUGAGGGAGAAAACCUGCAGCAUCGACGGCGUGUGUUUCCAAGAGGGAGAGUCCAGACCCGGCGGUUCCUGCCUGACGUGUCGCCCAGAUUUGUCCCUCCACUCCUGGUCCAGAGCAGAGAAGAACCAGCCUCCUCUGUUCCAGCCUCCGCCCUUCCCGCUGCGCUCCAUCCCAGAGGAGGACUUCACCCUCCAGCUUCAGGCUCAGGACCCUGAGGGCUCUCCGCUGAUCUUCUCCCUGCUGUCGGGUCCAGAGGGAGCAUCUCUGUCUGCGGCCGGUCUGCUGACCUGGAGGCCGGCUCCAGACGCCGCAGACACGGCCCUUUUCCACUUCACCGUGACGGACGAGUGCGGCGCUGAAACCAGAGCUUCUGUGGAAGUCUCUGUGCUGACCUGUGACUGCCUGAACGGCGCCUCGUGCGUCCCUGACCCCCACCUCCCAUCAGGCAGGGGGGCGUUCACGUGCGCGUGUCCGGAGGGGUUCACAGGGCGCCGGUGUGAGGUAGACGCCGACGACUGCAAGCCGAACCCCUGCAGGUUCGGCCGCUGCAUCGACGGACCCAACACCUUCUCCUGUGUCUGCCCCCCCGGAAUGACAGGCCGCACAUGCAGAGAGGAUGUGGACGAGUGCCCCUCCCAGCCCUGCUUCCCCGGCGUGGUCUGCAGAAACUCUCCGGGCUCCUUCAGCUGCGGGUCGUGUCCUCAGGGAUACAGCGGAGAUGGAAAAACCUGCAGCCGAAACGCAGACUCUGCAGACGGGCCGCAGGUUUCACGGAGGCCCAAACGGCCCGACCCGGCGCCGUGCAGCAGAGCGCUGUGUUACCCGGGGGUUCAGUGCUUCCCGAGCGUUUUCGUCUCCACGGGUUUUGUCUGUGGACCCUGCCCACCUGGUUUCCAUGGAAACGGCAUCACCUGCACCAGGAUGGGUCAGGAUUCCCUCUCCAGUGAGCCACAGGAUCACCUCCACAAAUCCUUCGUCAUCAAAGAAAAGACGCCCGUGUCGUCCUCUUCCUCCACCUCUCCAUCACCUGACAGGAAGUCCAGACCAGAACCGACCCCCUCUGGGUUCCACAGAGUUUCCUUCACAGAGACCACGGCUCCGCUUCAGAGUCGACCCUCAGCCAAAGGGAAGGUGACCUCUGACCUCUCGGCUGCAGCUGGGAGGUCCCCGACCCGUCAGGUGACCUGUUCUGGCUCCAACUGUUUUCCUGGGGUUUCCUGUGAGACUUUGGGGUCCUUGGGGUGUGGCCGAUGUCCAAGCGGCUACACGGGCGACGGAGUCACAUGCAAAGCCGUCUGCAGACAUCAAUGCGGGUCCAACAUGGAGUGCAGUCAGCCCAACGUCUGCACCUGCAGGGACGGUUACACCGGAUACCGCUGCCACAUCGCUGUGUGUCGACCGGACUGUCGGAACCAGGGAAAGUGCGUGAAGCCAAACGUGUGCGAGUGUCCUGCAGGUUACCGCGGCGCCACCUGUGAGGAAGCACGCUGCGACCCGCCCUGCCAGCACGGCGGCGCCUGCCAGGCCAGGAAUCUGUGCAGCUGCCCGUACGGAUACGUGGGACCCAGAUGUGAAAUCAUGGUGUGUAACAGGCACUGUGAGAACGGAGGGGAGUGCGUCUCUCCUGAUGUCUGCCAAUGCAAAGCCGGCUGGUUUGGACCGACGUGUAACUCAGCUCUCUGUGAUCCCAUCUGUCUGAACGGAGGAACCUGUCUAAAGCCUGGCGUCUGUGCGUGUCCCAGCGGUUUCUACGGCUCUCAGUGUCAAAUCGCUGUUUGCAGCCCUCCCUGUAAGAACGGCGGUCAGUGCAUGAGGAACAACGUGUGCUCGUGUCCCGAAGGCUACGCGGGACAGAGGUGUCAGAGGAGUGUGUGUGAGCCCACGUGCAUGAACGGAGGAAAAUGCGUGGGAGCGAACACGUGCUCCUGCGCGUCAGGGUGGAGGGGGAGGAGGUGCAGCAUACCCGUCUGUCUGCAGAAGUGCAGAAACGGGGGCGAGUGCGUCGGACCGAACACCUGCCACUGUCCCGUGGGCUGGGUGGGGCUGCAGUGUCAAACAGCCGUCUGUCGGCAGAAGUGCCUGAACGGAGGACGGUGCGUUCUGCCCGACCACUGCCACUGCCGGAGAGGAUACCAGGGCCUCACCUGUGCAGCAAAGGCAUCGUUAUCGUGAGCCGGAGAGAACGACAGCAAAGAAAGAGCAUCAGAAUUCGUUUGUAGGAUGGAUGUGGGCUGUGGUGGAGUGGUUUGCACUUGUUUCCUUUCCUGUGUUUCACUACCUCAAAGCUUUUCUGUCAGCUGUUCUUCAUGCAGAGGAGUCGGAUCCGUCUACACGUUCUCUCCGGGAACGCUUCUGCGUCUGAAGGAACCAUAGAUCCGAUAGGAACACUGGAAACGACCAUCAAUAAAGAUCCACAUCAUCAAACUCUAAAAAGGCUCCACCCAGUGACUGUAUGUGAGAACUGGACAGAGUGAGUGUGAUGUCAUCCAUAGAAACCGGUUCUCUUCCAGCUCCAACAAAAAAGUUGAUAUAUAUAUUUUUUUCGAUACAAACGUCGCCACGUUGGAGCCAGACAUCGUCAGUAAGUAGUGAUUGGUUUCUAUGGCAACCACUCCCACCAAUCAGGGUGAGCUGGUUGGAAGGCCGAACCCCCACCACUGGUGACUCGAAAUCUGUCAAACGCUUGAAUGUUGGACGUAGGACCAGCAGGCUCCACCUACUUUUAUUGAAGGAUUCUGAUUGGUCAGUUUAUAACCUGAAUGACAGUAAAAAUAUAAUUAAAAAACAUCAAAGAAAAUAUUUUUUAAAAGGUAUCCGAUCAAGAAUGGUUAUUCUGACCAAUAAAGUGACUGGUUUUCUGGAGCCAGCAGGUAAUUCUGGGUUGAAAUGGGGAAGUACCCUUGGGGGGAGGGGCCACUCAGUCCAGUUCUCACAUACAGUCAUUUUUAGUGCCAGAACGACUGAGACCAUCUUCAUCGGGUCCUUCAGAAGUCCGAGCAGUUUUCUCAGUUCCUGUCAGGAAUUUAAAGCUUCAUUUUUGUUGACGACUAGCCCCUCCCACAGCGGUCCCAGAGUCACGUCUCACAGGACCAGGACCGUUUUUCCCAGCGAGUCUCCGAACCGUCUCCAAUCGUUGAAACGUUUCUUUCACUCUUCAAGAGAUCUUUGAAAACGUUGUUCUGCUUCAGAAAAUACUGUCUGCAUUUGAAAGGGAAUAAAUCUGUCAUCAGCUCA